AGACUAUAAAAGCGGCGCCUGCCUCAGCCUGCACCCAGUGCCAGUGCCCUGCUCUGCCGCUACCUGCACUUUGCCCUGGCCCUGCAAUGGCUUCAACCCGUGCCAAGCCCACGCUGCCUCUGCUCUUGGCCCUGGUCGUCGUGAUCCCUGGGCCUGGUGAUUCUCAAGUAUCCAUCCAUCCCCCAAAAGCCUUCCUGCCUCGGGGUGGGUCCUUGCAGGUGAACUGUUCUUCCUCUUGUGAGAACCCCAGCCUGGGCUUGGAGACUCAGUGGCUGAAGGACGAGCUGGAGAGUGGACCCAGCUGGAAGCUGUUUGAGCUGAGUGACAUUGGGGAUGACAGCAGUCCAAUGUGCUAUGACAACUGUGGCACCACGCAGUACUCCGCUUCUGCUAUGAUCACCGUGUACUCAUUCCCGGAGCAUGUGGAGCUGGACCGUCUCCCGGUCUGGCAGCAGGUGGGCAAGAACCUCACCCUGCGCUGCCGGGUGUAUGGGGGAGCACCGCGGACCCAGCUCUCGGCAGUGCUGCUACGCGGGGAGGAGACACUGAGCCGCCAGCCAGUGGGCGGAGACCCCAAGUACCCCAAGGAGAUCACAUUCACCGUGCUGGCCAGCAGAGGCGACCACGGAGCCAAUUUCUCAUGCCUCACAGAACUGGACCUCAGGCCGCAAGGACUGGCACUGUUCUCGAAUGUCUCCGAGGUCAGGCAGCUCCGGACUUUCGAUCUUCCGGCUACCAACCCGAAGCUUGACACUCCUGACCUCCUGGAGGUGGGCACACAGCAGAGGUUGUUGUGCUCCCUGGAAGGCCUGUUUCCUGCCCCUGAAGCUCAGAUAUACCUGGAGCUGGGAGGCCGGAUGCUGACCCAGGAGAGCACAAACAGCAGAGACUUUGUGUCAGCCACUGCCUUGGUGGAGGUGACUGAGGAGUUCGACAGAACCAUGCCGCUGCGCUGUGUUUUGAAGCUGGCGGACCAGACCCUGGAGACGCAGAGGACCUUGAGAAUCUACAACUUUUCAGCUCCUGUCCUGACUCUGAGCCAGCUGGAGGUCUCCGAAGGGAGCCAAGUAACGGUGAAGUGUGAAGCCCACGGUGGGGCGCAGGUGGUGCAUCUGAGCGGUGUUCCCCCCGGGCCACCCACCCCACAGGUCCAAUUCACACUGAAUGCCAGCCCGGAGGAUCACAAACGACGCUUCUUUUGCUCUGCGGUCCUGGAGGUGGCUGGGAAGUUCCUGUCUAAAAACCAGACCUUGGAACUCCACGUGCUGUAUGGUCCUCGGCUGGACGAGAGGGACUGCUUGGGGAACUGGACCUGGCAAGAGGGGUCUCGGCAGACUCUGAAAUGCCAGGCCUCGGGGAACCCAUCCCCUAAGUUGAUCUGCAGCCGGAAAGCAGAUGGUGCCCUGUUGCCCAUUGGGGUGGUGGAGUCUGUCAAACGGGAGAUGAAUGGUACCUACAAGUGCCAUGCCUUUAGCUCCCAUGGGAAUGUCACCAGGGAUGUGACCCUGAUAGUGCUUUACCACCAUCAGAAUAAUUGGGCCAUAAUCAUUGUGCUGGUUCUGGUCCCUGUGGUCCUCGUGAUCUCGGUGGCCAUUUACAUUUAUAACCACCAGAGGAAGAUCAGGAUAUACAAGUUACAGAAGGCUCAGGAGGAGGCCAUGAGACUGAAGGCACAAGCCCCACCUCCCUGAGCCAGCUGACACCUGAGCCCCGCUGCAGGGCAACAUCUGCUGCUGCUUCGGAACUGAAAGGUAGACAGCAUUUACCCUCACCCACCUCCUCUGGCUGUCACAGGACAGGAUGGUGGCCUGGGGGGGGGGGUGGAUGCACACUUGUAGCCUCAGGGCUAAGAGGACUCGUGGAUGGAGCAAGAUUUUGAACACGUGUGACCUGGACACAUCUACAGCCCGGUGGGCCUUCGGUCAAGAAAGGCUGACUUCAUUCUCUAUUACCUCUGGUGAGGGGCCCCGCCUAGGGAAGACAUAAUAUCCAGUAGAGACAAGCAAGAAGACCAUACUUGCUCUGACGCAGGAAAGCUGAGACAUUGUCCCCAACUCUUCCUGAUGUAUUUAUUAAUUCAGAGUUUUGCCAGCUAUUUAUUGAGUACCCUGUACAGAUUGUAGAGCAGUGAGCAGGUGAGCAUUUAAGUUAUUGCGUGGACCCUGUUGCAGGGGCUGUCCACACAACAGAGUCUGGGGAAAGAUCACGUGGGUCUGGGGUUUCUCCACUGGUCCGGAUGCUUUUUUCAAAAGGGCCAACUUUUUCCACAAGUCAUAUAAAUACUAUUUGGACUAGCAGUGGUUCUCUGCUCGCAGACCUCUCUGGGGAUCCCUGCCUCCUCUACACCCUGGAGUCUCCCACACCAGCAUGAGCAACCACCUCCCCACCCACAAACAUCCCUACCUGUGUUUCCAAUAUCAGCCACUAUGCCUAAAUAUGGAUGCUCAUGCACCCCGUGCAGCUGAACAGUGGAGUCUCAUGCUCAUGAAAUCAUGGCCAGUGCCUGCAUGCCCCCCCACCCGACUCCACCUCAAAGAGAAAGAAAGCCUGGAAGAAAAUGUUCCAACCCCUUAGAAGGGUCCUGCAAGCUGUUGUGGGAGGUUUGGCACCCCUCCCAGCACAGAAGCCUUUCCUUUGAAUCAAUAAAGUUUUAUGUUGGCCUGAG